AGUUGUGUGUGUAGUUGGAGUCUGUUCACACUCUGAGGAUGGGAGCCUCUCUGCUUUGGACACUGUGGUCCAUCUUGUUUUGUGUCGCCAUCUGCAAACAGACACAAGUUACAGGUGACAGUUUCACUCUGGAUGUUCCUGGACAGUCUGUGUAUCUGGAGGACACAGUGACUGUGAGGUGCACAGCUCAUGGUGAAAAACAUCUGCAGUUUUACAAAGAUGGAACACUUGUACAAAAUGACACACAACAUGUGCUGUUCCAACUACCAGACUUUACAGAUCUGAUCUUUAAUUCAGUGUCAAAAUCAGAUGAGGGUUUGUAUUUGUGUAGAGCCAGUGAGGAAACACGAUCCCAUGAAAAAGAACUGAAAGUUACAGAAAAGAUCCGCAGAGUUGAACUGACUGUGUCAAACACAGAAACACCAGUAGGGGGCAGUGUGACACUGAGCUGUGAUAUAGAGGGUUGGAAUGAAAAACACAAAUGGUUCAGACGAAAUUAUGACCCUGGAUCUAAAUGGGAAAAUAUUGGCAAAGUGGAACAAACUAUCAGUGUCUCUGAUGGAGGAGUGUACUCAUGCAGAGGGAACGACCAUCAUGUCGCCACAAAACUAAGUGAUGAAGUCACUGUUGAGAAAACUGUCCCCAUUGUGAGUCUGAGUCAGUUGGAGGUAUUUGUGGGAGAGAGUCUGAGUCUGAGCUGUGAGGUGGAGGGAGCAGACACACAGUGGACCUAUCAGUGGAACAGGAACACACUGAACCUACGUCCAACAACCAGAGAAUACAGAGUGUCCAAAGUGACUGAGUCUGACAGAGGAACCUACAGCUGCAGAGCCCAGAGAGACCCACACCUCAUCACUGUGUGGAGCACCAGCACCACUGUCACUGUACACAGUGAGUCAGAUGCCAAUCUGAACCUGCAGACUCCAGUCCAGUCUGUGUAUCAGGGGGACUCAGUGACUCUGGUCUGUUCUGGUCCUGCUCAGAGACAGUUACUCUUCUUUAAAGAUGGAAAACCUGUUCAUCAUCAGCCUCAGCAUGAACCUACAACAACAGUCCAACUGAAAAUCAGUCCAGUGUCAAAAGCAAACCAGGGUCAGUACUCCUGUGGGAUCAAUGAGGAAGUACAAUCACACAAAUGGACACUCACAGUAAAAGAAACAAAACGCAGUGUCCGUGUGACACCAUUGUCCUCAGUUAUCCCAGUAGGGGGCAGUGUGACUCUGAGCUGUUACACAGAGGGGUUUACAGGGAGAUACAUAUGGGUCAGGGGUAGUUAUUCUCAAAUUGAAACAUUAAGUGAGACCUCACAGAGAGUCAGUGUCUCCAGAGGAGGAGAAUACAGCUGCAGAGGACAGGACCAGUUCAUCCUCACACCUCAAAGUCCUGCAGUCACUGUCAAACAAACUGUGUCUCUGAUUCCAAACUGGUCUGUGUUAUUUGUGGGAGAGAGUCUGAGUCUGAGCUGUGAGGUGAAGGGAGCAGACACACAGUGGACCUAUCAGUGGAACAGGAACACACUGAACCUACGUCCAACAACCAGAGAAUACAGAGUGUCCAGUGUGACUGAGUCUGACAGAGGAGCCUACAGCUGCAGAGCCCAGAGAGACCCACACCUCAUCACUGUGUGGAGCACCAGCACCACUGUCACUGUACACAACAAACCUCAGGUCACAGUGAGUGGACUCUCAGAGGUGCAGACAGGGGGCAGUGUGGUGCUGCUCUGCUCUGUCUCUCCACUUUCCUCUGGGUGGAAAUAUGAGUGGAGCAGAAAUGAGCAGCUCUUUAAACAGUCUUCAUCUGAGGCACAGGUGUCAGUGUCAGAGGGAGGGGAGUACCAGUGCAGAGCCAGCAGAGGAAAGCCUCCCUACUUCACAGAGCAAAGUCACAAGUUCACACUCAGAACCACUGACUCCAGCGCGCCCUCUCUCUCUGUGGAGCCCCCCUGGUCUCAGCUGUUCCCUGGAGAGCAGUUCUCUCUCACCUGUAGCGCUCAUGGAGCAGGCGCUGAGUGGAUGUUUGAAUGGAGGAGAUCUGGACAGAGUCUGGAGCACAAACAAAGAGAAAUGACCAUAAGAGCAGCAGUGACACACAGAGGCUCCUACAGGUGCAGAGGAGUCCUGCCCCACACAGUCACUGAGUGGAGCCGCCCCCUCACACUAAAUGUGUCUGACAGAGCUCCCCAUCCUGUCCUGUCAGUGUCUGUGUCCUGGCUCAGUCCUGGGGCCUCUGUCUCUCUGAGCUGUGCUGUGACAGCGCCCUCUGCAGGAUGGAGCUUUCACUGGUACAGGGCUGUUCCUCACUCACAGUCUUACACAUAUGAGCGGCUCCCAGGGGCCAGUGCCGCCUCUAAACACGACUCCUUCAGCCUCCAGGGCCUCAACCACUCAGCAGCUUUUGUGUGUCAAACAGAGAGAGGAAGUCCCUCCUUCUACUCUGAACACAGUGACCCCUCCUUUGUCUGGUCUGGAGAGGCUGAGUCUCCAGUGUCUCUCUCGGUCAGUCCUGACAGAGCACAGCACUUCACUCAUGAUGUCAUCACUCUGAGUUGUGGGUUCAACUCCACUGGAGCAGACAGCACAGUCUGGAGGAGGUUUUCUGAUAACACAUUAUCAUCACAACAGUGUCAUUGGAGUAAAGACAAGUCUAAAUGUGAGUUUUAUUUACCUGAGAAAACCAGUGCAGUGUUUUGGUGUGAGUCUGGAUCAGGAGAAAUGAGCAACGCCCUCAACAUCUCAGUCCACAGAGACAUCAUUCUUAUGAGUCCAGUGAGAGCAGUGACUGAGGGACAGUCUGUGUCUCUCAGCUGUAAACUCAAGAAAGGGACUUUUACUUCAGUCCAAUUUUAUAAAAAUGGGAAAAUGAUUCAAAAUGGAACUGAACCAGAGCUCAACAUCACUGCAGUGUCCAGGUCUGAUGAAGGCUUUUAUAAAUGUGAGGGACAAUGGAAACCAAGGCCACGGUCAAAACCAAACACUGUCAUAUCUCCAGAGAGUUGGAUGUCGAUUAAAACUGUUCCUGUGUCUAAAAACGAGGCAUCUUGGUUUCCUGUGAUGUGGGUGGUUGGACCUGUGUGUGCAGUGCUUUUACUCAUUCUGCUGCUGCUUCUGUGGCUCCACACAAAAACUAAAGACAGAAGCUCCUCCAGUGAGACUGGUGAAACUGGGGCGGGCCAAGACAAUGAGCAGCAACUGUAUUCAUCUCUUCUUCAUGGCGACAUUUGUUUGUACGAAACUAUCAGAGACCCAAGAAACAAGAAUGAUGAACAACUUGGGGACUACAGCAAUUUACCACAAAGGUCGAGUUCUGUCUCCUGUUUGUGUCCAAGGAGAUGUUAUUGUGUUGUUUGGAAUGUUCUGACAUUAAAUUUAUCUACCUUGAAAACACAGAUCUGGAGGAACAACCCCCCACAAGACGAGAGCUGUGUUUAUUCUAAUAUUCGUCCACACUCUUCAGGUGAAAAUGUGACAUAUGCCCAAGUAAACCAUCAUAAAAAGAAACAGAAUAAAGGUGACAGGUUCACUCUGGAUGUUCCUGGACAGUCUGUGUAUCUGGAGGACACAGUGACUGUGAGGUGCACAGCUCAUGGUGAAAAACAUCUGCAGUUUUACAAAGAUGGAACACUUGUACAAAAUGACACACAACAUGUGCUGUUCCAACAACCAGACUUUACAGAUCUGAUCAUUAAUUCAGUGUCAAAAUCAGAUGAGGGUUUGUAUUUGUGUGGAGCCAGUGAGGAAACACGAUCAGAUGAAAAAGAACUGAAAGUUACAGAAAAGACCCGCAGAGUUGAACUGACUGUGUCAAACACAGAAACACCAGUAGGGGGCAGUGUGACACUGAGCUUCCGAGUCAGUUUGGAGGUAUUUGUGGGAGAGAGUCUGACUCUCAGCUGUGAGGUGGAGGGAGCAGACACACAGUGGACCUAUGAGUGGAGCAGGAGCAGACUGAACCCACCUCCAACAACCAGAGAAUACACAGUGUCCAGAGUGACUGAGUCUGACACAGGAGCCUACAGCUGCAGAGCCCAGAGAGGCCCACACCUCACCACUGUGUGGAGCACCACCUCUGUCUCUGUACUCAGUGAGUCUGUUUUCUGUUUACACUUUGACUUUACAAAGCAGCAGGUGAAUGAAGAUGUGGCCAAAGGUGUCUUCUGUUCAGAACAGCCAGAAGUGCACCGUAUUUGUUUUUGUGUGUUGGGCAGGGGUGGAGUCAGGUACUUUGAGCUGAGAGAACUUGUCCUGGAGCAGAGCAGGGAGGAUGGUGUUGAACACAGAGCUGAAGUCCACAAACAGGAUCCUGGUGUAGGUUCCCAGAGUCCAGAACUGGCAGGUGUCCAGGAGGGGGAGGGGAUGGACUUGAAAUGUGACACAACCAAACACUCAAAAGUCUUCAUGACUACAGACGUCAGGACUCCAGUCCAGUCUGUGUAUCAGGGGGACUCAGUGACUCUGGUCUGUUCUGGUCCUGCUCAGAGACAGUUAUUCUUCUUCAAAGAUGGAAAACCUGUUCAACAUCAGCCUCAGCACAAAUCUACAACAACAGUCCAACUGAAAAUCAGUCCAGUGUCAAAAACAGACCAGGGUCAGUACUCCUGUGGGAUCAAUGAGGAAGUACAAUCACACAAAAGGAGACUCACAGUAAAAGAAAGUACCCGCAGAGUUGGACUGACUGUGUCAAACACAGAAACACCAGUAGGGGGCAGUGUAACACUGAGCUGUGAUGUACAGGGUUGGACUGAAAAACAUGAAUGGUUUAGACGAAAUUAUGACUCUGGAUCUGAAAGGGGAACUAUUGGCAAAGUUGAACAAAAAGUCAGUGUCUCUGUUGGAGGAGUGUACUCAUUCCCCACUGUGAGUCCGAGUCAGUUGGAGGUAUUUGUGGGAGAGAGUCUGAGUCUGAGCUGUGAGGUGGAGGGAGCAGACACACAGUGGACCUAUCAGUGGAACAGGAACAGACUGAACCUACAUCCAACAACCAGAGAAUACAGAGUGUCCAGAGUGACUGAGUCUGACACAGGAGCCUACAGCUGCAGAGCCCAGAGAGACCCACACCUCAUCACUGUGUGGAGCACCAGCACCACUGUCACUGUACACAAAAGGCAACGCACUGUCACUGUGGAGACCUUUGUUUCUCAGUUAUACCAGUAG